GUCCAUCGAAACCAUUAGCGAUCCCACUGUCGGUUCGCUGCUUUCUGCUCCUUCCCUCCCUUGUCGCCGCGUGGCGUCUAUUAGAGUACACGUUUCUCUGGCCUCGUUCUGCCAAGACUUUUCUUCGCCCUUGCGCGCAAAAUCACCCACCAUCAUGGAACUCCCAGUGCCUCUCCGUCUGGGACUCGUUUCUGUUUGUUUUCCUAGCUCGCUUCCGCGAUUGGCAGCAGAUUCUCUCCCGAAAGCGUAAACCCUCUGCUCCGUCUUUGGGGACAUGCUCAUCGGCAUUCACCCCCCUCAAGAACCGAGAGAGGAUCUAGCCGAGUUCCUCCUGCCUUCCGCAAGACGAACGGCUGUACACAAGAGGAGCUGGAAACUUGAGUUAAAAACUGUCGAAACAUCCCAGGCUUCCUGAGCUGUCAACAUUCCCACAGUUCGUUAUCACCCUAUCAGAGCCGGUGUGUCAAAACUUAACAGGUUUUUCGUUUUCUUAGGAAUGCACUUUGUCCACUCGAAUGAAGCGUAUGAUUUUUCAGCGCCAAACUCAGAGGAGCAAAAGGCGCAUCCACCUGCACAUGCAUCUGCAUAAAAGGAGAAGCUCGUCCAUACUCGUACUACCCUCCAUGCGCUUUAAACAGCAACUUUUGUAGCCGGCCGCAUGAAUACGCCCAGCACAGUACGAAAGCCGAUAUCUUCCUCGCCGUUUGGCCUCCUCCUACUCAUCUGUAUCUCAACCCAUCUGAAUACAAAUAAACACUAUGAAACACAAAUGUAUUUGCAUGUGUGUGGGACGUUUUCUUGGCGUAAACUCUAAGGUUUUCCACUCCGACUGGUUUCGAUCGACCAUUUCUCGGAGACACCCGAGACGAGGUUCUCUUCGGCGAUCCAACAUCGGCUUUUCACUCUUCUGCACGUUCACUUCGGUGACAUCACCUCUCAGGCGAUUUCGAAACAAAGAUUGACGCUCUACCGUUCAACCGCGUUUGCCUCCUCAUGUGCGCGCCAACUGCCUGUCUCCACUUUCCUCUUCGUCUCUCUCCUCUUUUCAUGCUAGUGGGUAUUCUCUUGAAGGUGAGGAAGGAAGCGCCUCUCUCCACUUGGAAGAAGAAAUGCGACUGACGGCUUCGGUUUGCACACACUGGCGGUGGAGUGUCUAUACAGCGGAAGGGGCUGGGAGCAGCUGACCUCCCGGCGUCUCGUCCCCGAACCCAGAACGUUUGUUUGUCUUCUUCUCUGCGUCGCUGCAUGCAAGAAACGACGUGAGGACCACGCCCGUUCUUCGCCUGUCUCUUCAGUUCUUGGCAAGUGGAUUUGGACCUCCUCACAUGGAGGGUGCGAAUGCCGAGUCAAGUUCCUGGCUGCCCGCGCGCCUCGAGUUCUGUCGAAAAAGCAGUCUUCUCUGAAGACUCGCUGCUCAACUUUUUCCGAAAUCCAGCAUUGCCUUUCCCCGUCGGAGACAAUGUCCACAUUCCUUCACUCCGCUGUCGCUCCACCAUGUCACAGAUUUAGCUUCUUUGCAAAACCUCUACCGCGACUUUUCACAGAACAGAAACCGGCGAAGAAGAGACCGUCUUCCGGUCACCCCCUCGCAGCAGCAGCACACACCGACUUGGUGCUGCCUGAAGACGGCUCUUUCGAUUUCCAUGAACGGAGUCACAUGAUAGCUAAUCUUCGCUCCCGGGGUCUCUAGUUCCAGAUGCACAAGAGAUGGUAACUCUUGCAUGCUGGAAAGUCGAAGGGGAUCUGGAACAUGGCAACCACGCAGACAGACGACGCGGCAUUCGGAGCUCGAAGCAGCGCAUUCGUCGCACAUGAUGGAGACGCGCCUCUGCCUACUGGCGGGGAACAGACGAGGCAGAGAGACUCGCCGUCACACGGGAGGCACUUCACUGCAACUCUGGCAACUCUCACAAAGACUGCACAGGAAAGUUUGGUGCGCCCACCGCCGGCGAGGAGAAGCCUUUACAAUCGUCCGCGCCUGAGCAGGGGACAGGCGCCCCUGUCUCCUGGACCCUCGCGGCUUCUCUCCUCCGAGUCGGAGACAGCGCCCGACUCGUCGCCUUUUCCGUGCGCCGAAGAGGUCUGGAGAGCCGCCUUCGACGACGGAGCGAUCAAAGCCAGUUGCAGUGAAGCUGCGCUUUCGACGGAAGGCUGCGAGACAGAAGAGCUGCAGCGCGGACGAAGUCUCUCCGCCAAGCGAGGCCCAAAGAGGGGAGACUUGGAGGGGUCGAGCGCCCUUGACUUCGACGCGCGAGAGGAGACAGAUGGGGGGACACAGGCUUCUCAGCCUUUCUUCCCAGAAGUUGCGAGCAGCUCUCAGACUUCCCUUUGGCUCGGCGAAGAGGCGGCACCAGCGCAACCGGCGCUGCAUGCGCGCGCAACGUUUUCUGUUCCGACCCGCGUCUGUGUUCCGAAGACUCCCUGCCUGUCUCCGCCUCCCAGCUGCAGAGCUACGUUCCAGAGAGAGCGACAGCUGCGCUGUCUCGAGACUUCUCCGAAACGCAGCGACUGGGACGCAGACUGCCCUGCCAGCCGUCGCACAACUGGCCUUCGGCUUCCCCUCAAUGGAAACAACUGUCUCCUCUCUCAGGGCUCUGAGACGCCCGAAGAGGCGCCUGGGGAGCGGCCCGGAGAGACGGCCGAAAAAGCCGCGCCGUGGGGGUGUGGAGACACGGAGACGUGGAAGAGGGGCGAAGAGAAGGCGCGAGUGGCGAGAGAGGUGAAGCAAGAGCCGCUUGCGUUUGAGGACACAGGAAAGACGGCUGCACAGGCGGCGUUACAGCGAGCUCUUGACAGACAGCGAGAUGGCCUCAAGGCCUUGAUGCACCACCAGCGCAGGCUGCACCAAGCCCUGUGGACUGCAGGCCUGUCUCUAGACCCGCUGAGUCAGGGGUCCAACACGCCCGAAGAGACAGGGACUGGAGCCCCAGACCUGGAGACGGCGCGGGAGGCUCUCCCGCAGGCGCCUUCGAGGUCACUCCGGGAGCUUCGCGAAGGUCUCUUAACGCCGAUAUCUCCGUUCCCCCACUUGUCUUCGUGCUCGACUAACCAGGUUCCCUCUGGGGCCUCGCCUUCUGCUUGCUCUCCGCAUGCGCCUCGUUCUUCGCGUCUCACCUCCGCCUUCUCUCCACCCACUGGCAGCCGCCUGAUCGAAAAAGACAGGGUGAGGAUCGAAGGAGACAGGACAAAAGUUGAAGGAGGCAGGAAGUGGACCGAAGGAGACAGGGUGAGGGGCGAAGGAGACACCUGUCAGAGAGCAGACGCACGGCCUGCGCGGGCGUCUGCCAUCGAGAUGCAGCGGCAACAAGAAGAGAUGUUGGUGGCUCUUUUGAACCAGCAAAGAUACCUCCAGGAGCAGCUCGCGCAUCUUCUGCAUGCAAAUUCUUCGUUCCUCCACAGUCCGUGGACUUCUCCAGGCCCGUGGUUCCCCAAGCCGCGUCUUGACGGGUGUUUUACCUCUUUCUUUGCGGGUCCGGCGCCUCUCCUGCGUUCCCCCGAGGGGUGUCCAGCCUUCUUCUCGCCAUGGCCGCAAGAAACCCCCAGCAUGCAACCUCGUUUUUCUCCGGCUCUCACCGCCUUUCCACCCUCGCUUCCCUCCACGCCUGGUCCUCCUUCUUCUCCAACUCACCUGUUCUCUGUAGACCCCCACGGGCCUCGCUGCUCUCCUUUCUCCCCUCCCCCCUACUCGCCUUGGUCCUACACCCCAUACCCAGCCUUUGCCUCUUUCGGUGCCUCGGCCAACUCGGAAAGAAGCCCCUCUCUCCGCUCUGCUCAACGCUACGAGGCGACUGUCGGCCCAGAAGGAGGAGAAGAAGACGGAGAGGAAGAAGAAGGAGAGGAAGAAGAGGGAGAGGAAGAAGAAGGAGAGGAAGAAGAAAAAGAGAGAGGAGAAGCGAGUUCAAGUGAGAGGUCUCUUUCUGUUUUCUCUCUCGCGGAUCUUCCAGACGAGAACGGAGCAGGGGCGAAACUCGACAAGAAGCUACCUGACUGGAGUGACAGGCGAGGACGUGUGAGGCCCUGCGCUCCGCUGCGUACUUCAGAGGUUCUUCAUGCCCUUUUCGACGACUCAGUCGGGUCCCCACACGCGGGCCUCGUCCCCCGUGGGGUCCCCGCAGAAGUGUCUCUUUCCUCUCCCCACACUCGAAGACGCCAGCUGCCGCCUGUCAGAGGUAGAGAGCUGGCUGAGAGUCGCCCGGCGUCCUCGGGACAUACCACCCAAACUCUAGAGGAGGCCGAAAAGCUUCACACGCUUCACCGCACCCACUCCCUCGUACGGAGGUCUCCUCGGGGGUCGGUGUCUCCUCGGGGGCCGGUGUCUGCAGAUCCCAAGGAAGGAGACACAACGCGCUGUGGCCUCGCGGUGGCUGCGCGAGGUCGGAGACCCCUCGACGCUGCUUCAGAGGGGAAGCUUCUUGGAACUGGAGAAGCGGCCGAGACAGAACGCGAGGCGAGAGGGAAGGGCGUCGACGGAUUCUCCACUGUCUUUCUGCUGAAUCAACAGAAACUGCUUCGACUCCAAAUUCAAUCUCUCCGGAGACAGAUGAAGAAGUACAAUACGGGGCCUGGCUGUCGUGUCGAGCACACAUCUCCAGUUUCCCUGGACGGCAACGGCAGCCGCACCCCACAGCCUCUCCCGCGUACGGAGCAAUGCAGUGCCCCCUGGCCUCCCCGCUGGCAAGUCCCCGCUGUCUCUUCGUCCAAUCCGGUUGCCGCUUCUUCGUCGUCCGCUUCUUCUUCUUCGCCGUUUGUGGAAAGAGCCGCGGAUGCAGCGGGUCGAGAGCGACAGGGAGAAGACACUUGCCUCCGAGGGGGCGUCUUACCUUCGGAGGGGAAGGGAGACGCGGGAGAACAGGCCUCCCUAGACACUGCAGACGUUCCGAGCCGCGGCGGCAUGCAAUCUGGAGCGAGGCUUUGCCGUCAGGAGCGACCGGUGGUCGUCAGCUUCGAAGGCUGUUCGGCAGUGCGUAGCCCCUCGGGGCUUUCGACUUCGAUUGCCGCAUUUUUGGGAGUGCCAGGGGAGCUGAGGCAGCAGACGAAGGCCGCGCCACGCAGAGUUGUCCAUCCAGACGAGCAGAUCGUCCCCAGCGUCUUGAAGAAGUUGCGAGAACAAGAGCACGACGAAUCUUCCUCGCUCUGCAGUUCCUUUCCUCCCGCAGCCACCACGGUCGCCGGCAGAGGUUGGUGGGAAACAGCGCGGCCCGAAAAACUCGCGAAGAAACCUUCUUCCUCCUCUUCCUCUUCCUCCUCUUCGUCGUCUCCAUCGUCAUCAUCAUCAUCAUCAUCAUCAUCUUCUUCUUCCUCUUCUUCUUCUCCGUUUGUGUGCGACCAGGUGGCUGGCGUUAGUCGGAAGAAGAGGCACACGAAUUUUCUGCGUAGCCGCCGAGAGCGGCGAGUGGAUCAGAAAGAAAUUGCGGCGCUGGGGAACCCAGACCUCUCCAAUGUGGGAAGCCGCGUCAAGGCCUUUUGGAGCAACGGACUUGAGGAGAGCCUGCAUAUUCCUGAUCGACGAAACAAAGGAGAGGCGAGUGAAUGCGAGAGCAGACACACCCAGCCUGCACUCGGCACCAGGGCCGCCGGGCAUCUGGCCGACAGCACCGGGAAACGCCCGGGGUCUCGCUCGACACUGAGCUCGGGGAACAGCCAGAGCGCCUUCCUGCCUUCCCCGUCUUCUGGUUUUGCGCGCGGCGCACAGAAAGAAGAAGGAGUCGCCCAGGGAGACUUUGCCGAAGUCACCGAAGAAGAGCGGACCACAACGGAGGAAAGGACGCGUUCUCCCGCCAGGGGUGUGCAGACCGCAAGGACUGUGUGCCGCGACGAAGAGACGCUGAGGGAGGAGUCCAGCGAGGAGAGGAGAAAAGACGAAGGAAGAGAAUCCAGAGAACUGGGAGAAGAAGCAAGUGGCUGUGGUGCAGACGCCUCGUCUCCAGAGAGAAGAGAAGAAAAAGAGGAACAGGCAGAAACAGAAGCCCUCGUGUCACAGCGAUGGAACUUUGGCGGCACGACUCUUUCGUCGGAGUUUUUGGAGCAGCAACAUGCAAUUGAGGAAGCGAAACGGGAGAGAAGAUGCGCGUCCGCGAAAAACGGCGCAAGCGGGGUUCCCUUCAUCUCAGAGAAAUCCUUCUUUUUUCGAGAACAACUUGCGAGACUCAACUCCGACGCAGGCGAUGCUCUCUACGUGGCAACCACGCACAAGCUGCUGCAGCACUACGAAGAACUGACAGAUGUAUCGUGAAAGCAGAGAGCGCGAACGACGAUCUGUCCGAGCAGAGCGUCUCGCUUUUUCUCGCCUCUCUCUCCUGUGCUCCGGCCUGCAGAGAGAAGCUCGCGCAAGUGGCGAAGUUCUCCGCGCCGAGAAAACGGAGUUCGGUUCGAACGCCCGGCGAACCGGAGAGCGCAGUCGCCUGCAGAGAUUCCCCCUAGGUAAAACGCAAAGCGUCCGGAGACGGAGAAUUCCGAACCUCCAAAAGAUGCAGAUCUAUGCAGCGCCUUCCUCAACCAGAUGCCGCGCUGGCGCCAGGACGCAUGCAAAGUCAUAUGCGCACUGACACGUGAUGGAUGUUAAAAAGGUUUCCACCAGGACAAUCAUAGAGUCCUCUGCAUAUAUAUAUAUAUAUAUAUUUAUUUAUACACAUAUAUUUAUAUAUAUAUAUAUAUUUAUACACACACAUAUAUAUAUAUGCACAUGUAUACUUGUGCGAAAAGAAGUCCACUGUAUGUCUGAACGAAGAGUCGUGUGUACACGGACCUCUCUGUUGUGUACAUGUCCGCGUCCGUACUUGUCAAAUAUUUGCGUAUUUAAAUCAAGGUGUGGAGUUUCGUAUUUCUGUUUGCGUCUAUGCAUUUUAAUGUGGUUGCGUUUUUUUCAUUCUGCACGACACGCGAUUGGAGCAUUUCUUUUUCCCAAUGUUGAAUGUCUCGAGUUUUAUUUGAGAACUUUGAGUCGGCUUUCCAGAGAGACCGGAAAGCUGUCGAAACUUGCAUUUCUGGCCGCAGUCCCGUCAAGGAACCCCGAGCCGC